GGGACCGUAGCUUCUUCGGUGCAUAUAUUUUGUGUCUGCAACCAGUAAUACAUGGGGUAAUAAUAUUUGUACACGUAAGACCUAGGGACUUUGGCUCUGGAUUUUGCUAUUUGGUUAUAUUUCAUUAUUAUUCAUUUUAAAGCGUAAAAAAUAGGAAUUCUACCUGGAUCUACAAUUGUACAGUGCAGUGUCCAAACAAAAACUGUAGUGUUUUAGCGAGAAUAUGGCAAAAACGUACGAUUAUCUAUUCAAAUUGUUACUCAUCGGUGAUUCAGGCGUAGGAAAAACGUGUGUGUUAUUUCGUUUUUCGGAAGAUGCAUUCAAUACGACUUUCAUAUCGACGAUAGGCAUUGAUUUUAAAAUAAGAACAAUAGAUUUGGAUGGAAAGAAAAUCAAGCUACAAAUAUGGGACACAGCAGGUCAAGAAAGAUUCAGGACAAUUACAACGGCUUAUUACAGAGGGGCAAUGGGGAUUAUGCUAGUUUAUGACAUAACCAAUGAGAAAAGCUUUGAAAAUAUCAAAAACUGGAUUAGGAAUAUUGAAGAAAAUGCAUCAGCAGAUGUUGAAAAAAUGUUAUUAGGUAAUAAAUGUGAGCUGGAGGAUAAAAGGCAAGUAUCAAAAGAAAGAGGUGAACAACUUGCCAUAGAAUAUGGAAUAAAAUUCAUCGAAACAAGUGCCAAAAAUAGCAUCAGGGUGGAAGAUGCAUUUUUCACAUUAGCUAGGGAUAUUAAAGCAAAAAUGGAAAAGAAAUUGUAGGAGGCAAGCAAUCCACCGAAAGGCGGUCACCAGCUGCGUCCUUCAGAGCCGCAGAAAAAAACAACCAGCUGGUUGUCAAGAUGCACCAUACUCUGACCGCCAUCUUGGUACUAACGAUGGGACUAACAUCACCGUCUUAUGCCCCCAAAAACUCAUAUUUGACUUUUUGUAUCAGACGCCUAAUUAUUAUGUGUAUGUCAACAGAUUUUUCAUGUAUAUUUUUGUUUGAUAUUCUUGACAUAUCUUCAGCGCAGGAAUCUAUACAUUCUCAUUGAUUUUCAUUGAUUAAUCUUGGGGGUACUACGAAUAGAGUAAGAUCCAAUUUUACAGAGUUCCCAUGUCCUAGCCGUAAUAACGUUAGUAUUUUUUAAAUAAAAUGUAUUAUUUACUAAUCAUAAAUUUGUUAUUACGGCAAUGGGGUCUGAGAACAGGGUCGGUUAAUGUACUACUUAAAGAGAAAACGACCCAUUAUAAUUUGUUUCUAUACAUCUGAAUUAUUCGAACCUGUAUUGCUAUCCUGCUCUAUAUGUACGUGGUAUCUCUAUUUUAGUGACGUCUGUGGGAGAAAUUCGUUAGAGCAAUUUUCUCAUUGAGGGAAAACCCAAACACUAUUGGGUCCAUUCUUGAAAACAAAGGAGCAGAAUAACCAGUAGAAACUAUUCGGUUAUCUUUAUGACAGCUUUUGACGUCUGUUUUGGUGCUUAUCGAUUAUAUAUAUUAUUCGAUUGUACCACUUUAGACUAUGCAUACUGGUAUGCACAUAUACAGUUCAAAUUAUUUGGGAAACGUUAUGAUCUUUGUACUUUUUACCGUUCACCAAACAGUGAUGCAGAUACAUUUUUAACGUUUUUUGAAGAAAAAUGCGAAGAAAUGUGGAAUUUUAGAAACAAUAUAAUACUUUUAGGUGAUUUUAAUUUAAAUUAUUAUGGUAAAAGCAUGAAAACAAGAAAAUUGAAAGAAACC